CGUUUCUUAAGGAAGAGACGAGAAGGGAUAAUCAACAUUUGCUUCCAUGUAGUACAGACAUGAAGUGGGCAAGUGGUCGAGAUUGGUGCAGUGACUUCCCUCAAUUGAAAACGACAGCUAAAGCUCCUAUGUUUAGAGGUUCUCUGUUGGACCAUCUGGCUCAUCACCGUCCUUCCUACCUCCUACGGUUCUACCUCUCUUCAUAUUUUCAUUCCAUGGACAAAAUCCAAAAACAUCUAACUCCACUUCUCUUUAGAUUCUAAUUACUUAUUGUUGUCACUUUCUGUCUAUUUCUUCCAAUCCCAUAUUAAGAGUUUCUUCACUUUUAUGUGGCUUCUUUUUUCUCCCUCACCGCGAGAGAGGGACGGAAGAAAAGAUGAUUUCUUGUCUGUCGCAAAGCCCCCAGCCAUUGCUCUUGCCCCCAAGAAUUGCCAGGCUGACUCAAACUUCUUCAACCAGAACACAAAGCACAAGAGGCUCAAACGAUACAAUACUUUUCCAGAAAUCAAUGCUAUGCAGCUUUUGGUGGAAGAAUUCUUCAUCUUACAAUGUACAUGACUUUGUGAUACGCAAUAGAGGAAAAUGGAAGGUUACUUGUCAGAGAACAACAAAUAAGUUGCAUUAUGUUUCAGAUAGUUCAAAUGCCAAAUUCUUUAGGAUGGACCUGCAAAAUAGUUCUCAGGUGCAGGGUUACCAAACUAAACUGAUCACUGGAACUAUGUCAUCAUUUUUCUUGCGGAGACUGAUGCAAUUAGAUUUUGUCAACACAUUAAUAAAGAUGGUCCAAGACUUUUUUCCAUCUCGACUUCAGACUUCGGGGGCUACAAGUUUACCUCUUGCCUGCAUGUCUAAUUCUUUGAAUAAACCAACCCCUCUUAACUUGGAUGUGUCCUUGCCUUCAAUUCAGGAUAUUAGAUGGAACGUUGCCCGGUUACUGUAUUUAUUCAACAUUCAACUGGAGAAAAAUGUUGCUACGUUUCUUGUGGUUCUCCUUGUAGCAUGCUUCUCAUUUGUUGUUAUUGGUGGUUUACUCUUCUUCAAGUUUAGGGGUAAUGCACAGUCUCUAGAGGACUGCUUCUGGGAGGCUUGGGCAUGCCUGUGUUCAUCAUCUACUCAUUUAAAACAAAGAACACGUAUCGAACGUGUUAUUGGCUUCGUUCUUGCUAUAUGGGGCAUAUUAUUUUAUUCUCGGUUGUUAAGUACAAUGACAGAACAGUUCAGAAACAACAUGCAAAAACUCAGGGAAGGUGCACAAAUGCAAGUUUUGGAGACUGAUCAUAUCAUCAUUUGCGGUGUAAACAGUCGUCUGGCUUUCAUACUAAAGCAGCUAAAUAAGUAUCAUGAAUUUGCUGUCCGUUUAGGUACUGCUACAGCCAGGAGGCAGAGAAUUAUUCUUAUGUCUGAUCUUCCGAGGAAGCAAAUGGACAAGCUAGCUGACAAUAUUGCCAAGGAUUUUAACCAUAUUGAUAUCCUUACAAGGAGUUGCAGCCUUAGUUUGACAAAAUCAUUUGAAAGAGCAGCAGCCAAUAAGGCACGUGCCAUUAUCAUGCUGCCCACAAAAGGAGAUCAGUAUGAAGUUGAUACUGAUGCAUUUCUCUCCGUACUGGCACUUCAACCUAUUCCUGAAAUGGAAUCUAUCCCCACUAUUGUUGAGGUGUCAAAUUCCAGUACAUGUGAGCUCUUGAAGUCAAUUUCUGGACUGAAAGUGGAGCCAGUAGAAAAUGUUGCUUCUAAAUUAUUUGUUCAAUGUUCUCGGCAAAAGGGGCUGAUAAAGAUCUACAGGCACUUGCUUAAUUAUCGAAAAAAUGUAUUCAAUCUUUGCCAUUUUCCAAGUCUAACAGGAUUGACGUAUAGACAAAUACGACGGGGGUUUCGAGAGGCAGUUGUUUGUGGUCUUUAUCGGAGUGGUAAGAUAUACUUCCACCCCAGGGAUGAUGAAAUUCUUCAGCAAACUGACAAAGUAUUGCUAAUUGCCCCUAUUCACAGGACAGGAAAACAACAACUUGCACUUUCAGAUGUUGUAAAAGAUGAAACGAAUACAUUCCAAAGUCUGGAAGUUUUCAAAAACAAUGCUGAUACUCCAAAGCAUGCUUUAGAAUUGAGAAAAGAACGAAUUUUAAAUGUUGUAAAACGUCCCAACAAACCGGGAUCAAAGGCAUCAGACUGGAGUCUAGGACCCAAAGAAUGCAUACUUAUGCUUGGGUGGCGUCCAGAUGUUGUACAAAUGAUUGAAGAGUAUGAUAAUUAUCUUGGCCCUGGAAGUGUGUUGGAAAUAUUAUCAGAUGUCCCAUUAGAAGAAAGGAAGAAGGCAAGCUUCAUGUCUGGUCAAGGAAAACUAAAGAAUGUCCAGGUUUCCCAUAGGAUUGGAAACCCCAUGAACUAUGAUACCUUGGAGGAAACAAUAACACAUAUACAAAAUUCUGUCAAGAAAGGCAAUCACAUUCCUUUAUCUAUUGUUGUGAUUUCCGAUAGAGAAUGGCUUCUUGGAGAUCCAUGUAGGGCAGACAAGCAAUCUGCAUAUUCUCUCCUUCUUGCUGAAAAUAUCUGCAACAAACUUGGAGUGACAGUGCAAAAUCUAGUAGCAGAGAUUGGUGACUCAAAAUUGGGCAAACAAAUUACACGAAUCAACCCAUCCCUGACUUAUAUUGCGGCUGAGGAAGUGAUGAGUCUUGUAACAGCUCAAGUGGCGGAACACAGUGAACUGAAUGAAGUGUGGAAAGACAUUUUGAAUGCUGAGGGUGAUGAAAUAUAUGUUAAGGAUAUUAGCCUCUACAUGAAAGAGGGUGAGCACCUUUCAUUCUCUGAGCUAUCUGAAAGGGCAUGUUUGCGACAAGAAGUUGCCAUAGGAUAUGUAAAAGACAACAAGAAGGUUAUUAACCCGACUCCCAAGUCAAAACCUGUCUCCCUAGAAAUGACAGAUUCACUAAUUGUUAUAUCCGAGCUUGAAGGAGAGCAACCCAUUGCCAUCUAAAAUGCCAAUAACUCCAGUCACUCUCGUUCCUCUUUGCGCUUUUUUUUUUUUCAAUAAUUUUCAUGGUUCCAAGGCAUUGGCUUCAUAAACUCUUUGCAUAGUUAAGUUGAAACUAUCGUUUUUAGAUUCACAGUAAGGAGUCCUGUGAAACCAUCAUAGGGAUAGAGAGAGAUUCGAAUUAACCCUAUUGGAAGUCCAGGUUGUUGUCAUAGGAGUCUUUAGUUUCAUAGUAAUGAGUCCUGUGAAACCAGCAUAGGGACAGAGAUAGAUUCUAGUUUUGGACCUUGAUCCUGGUGAAGUCUAGAUUGUUGUCAUAGGAACUGUUGUAUCCAUGGAUGUUGUAAAUUUGUAAGAAAAUCAAUAGCUUUGUCCUCCCACAACAAAGCAGUUGCUAUUUCUUUAUCCGAGGAGUAGAUUACCUACAGAGAGUGGAUUUAGUUCCGCAUCAAAGAAACUUUACAGUCAUAAGCUAACAUAUGUUCCUCGUAUAUUGUGCUAAUUCAUUAGUAUAGAUGAU